UGUGGGCGGGGAGAGGCGGAGCCUGCAAGUGUUCUAGGUGGACCCGGCCCGCCUUCCUUUACCUGGGAGCCUGAGCGAGCCCCGGAGGGUUUUGAUUCCCUAAUUUAACCGGUAUCUAGAUCACCAUGGCGACUGGAAAGAAGUUGAUGAGAGCCAUUAGAGUUUUUGAAUUUGGUGGACCAGAAGUACUGAAACUCCAAUCUGAUGUUGCUAUACCAUUUCCCAAAGACAAUCAGGUUCUAAUCAAAGUCCAUGCAUGUGGCGUAAACCCAGUGGAGACAUAUAUUCGCUCUGGGACUUACAGUAGAAAACCACUCUUACCCUAUACUCCUGGUUCAGAUGUGGCUGGGGUAAUACAAGCUGUUGGAAAUAAUGUGUCUGCUUUUAAGAAAGGUGACAGAGUCUUCACGAGUGGCACACUCACCGGGGGCUAUGCAGAGUAUGCUGUCGCAGCAGACCACACCGUUUACACACUGCCAGAGAAGCUGGACUUUAAACAAGGGGCAGCCAUCGGGGUCCCAUAUUUUACUGCUUAUCGAGCUCUGUUUCACAGUGCCCAUGUGAGAGCUGGAGAAAGUGUUCUGGUUCAUGGGGCUAGUGGAGGAGUUGGACUAGCAGCAUGCCAAAUUGCGAGAGCUUAUGGCUUAAAGGUUUUGGGCACAGCUGGCACUGAGGAAGGACAAAAGAUUGUUUUGCAGAAUGGAGCCCAUGAAGUGUUUAAUCACAGAGAAGUUAAUUAUAUUGAUAAAAUUAAGAAAUCUGUUGGUGAAAGUGGAAUCAAUGUAAUUAUUGAAAUGUUAGCUAAUGUAAAUCUUAGUAAGGAUUUGAAUCUUCUGUCACGUGGAGGACGAGUAGUAGUUGUUGGUAGCAGAGGUCCUAUUGAAAUAACACCCCGGGAUACCAUGGCAAAGGAAUCUAGCAUAAUUGGAGUUUCUCUCUAUUCAUCAACUAAGGAGGAAUUUCAGCAAUAUGCUGCAGCCCUUCAAGCUGGAAUGGAAAUUGGUUGGUUGAGACCUGUGAUAGGUUCUCAGUAUCCAUUGGAGAAGGUGGCCCAGGCUCAUGAAAAUAUCAUUUAUGGCAGUGGGGCUACUGGAAAAAUGAUUCUUCUCUUACAGUGAUGAAUUCUUCCAUGUAUUUCCUGUGUGAAUAGAAGUUUCUUACCCUAGUUUUUGUUGCAUAAUUUUUGCUUUACUUAGACUCGUUUGAUUUAGUGAGUUUCUUAUAUUAAAGAAGACUUACUUUUAGAGAUCAUGGGCCUCGAAGUGCAAUUUACUUUGUAGCUGGCAAAGUCUUUUAUGCUUCCACUCUGAAUUAAGGAGUCCUCAUAUUAGAAAAUACAUGUUUGUGGUCAUUUGGCAUUGGAGUGCAUUACAGAAAUUCUGAACUGACACUUGGUGAUUGAUUCCAUACCUCUGACUAAAACAUGGUAAUUCAAAAUAAGAUAACUUGAUUUCCAAGCCCAUUUCUCCUUAGAAAGGUUUUUCAGUCUCUGAUUAGCCCUCAACUGCAUUGGAGUUUGAAGAUUUUCUGGACUAAAAGAACCCCAUUUCCAAGGUAAUCUCACUUGGAUCUAGAAGUCUCUUGGAAAAGCAAGAAUAAGCAACUUUGAGAGAAAUUUAUAAGUUUUUAUUUUCCAGCGUAUUAGAACAUUCACUGUGUUAGUGGUUGAUGACCAGUGACUCAUGUUUUGUAAAGAGAGCAGUCUUAUAUUUGGUACAAUGUAGUACUGGAGACUAGGUGCUAGGUCUUUAAAUAGAUACUUCUUGAUUGAUUAGAUUUUCAAACUGGACUGAGACUUACCUGAUUAUGUCAUAUAUUUUUAUUUAAAUUAAACAACCAGAUUUGAUACAUUAAGGAUGAUCUGCUUCUGCUUCAUAAUUUGGUAACCUGCAGGAAAUCCUGUAGGAAAUUAAAACCUUUGUUUACCUGGCUUAUCUUUGUGUAGUACUUGCCUUACUUCAUUUUUACAUAGCUCCUCCUGAUUACUUCCUAGUAGUGUUCUGUGCUGCAGGUCUUCAUUUAAAACUAAAUGAGCAGAGCAGAUGAUUACUUAGAAUUCUUGCCAUCAAUAUUAUAUCCAAGGAAGUGAGAUUUCAUUGUUUGUUUGUUCUUGUUUUUCUUCAUAUGAACAUAGCCUCCUGUCUGUAUUACAUUGUAUGGAGGUUUUGUUGAAUGACAGCUUCUAAUUUGAACAUGAAUUUCUACUUUAAUAAUGAGCGGAAAGUGCUGCUAACUUGUAUAAUUGAGGGGUGUCAUUGAUUUUUGGCUGUAUGUUCUAAGGAUGAGGUGUUUUGCUAUUAGCAUUUUCCCAGUUUAUUCACUAUUUCUUUUAUAGGUCAGUCAUCCUGGGAAAUAGCAUGUUGAAAUAAGUGUUAAAAAAGUAGUGUUUUUAAUCUAGACCAGCAUUAUCUGCAUAUCCUAAAAGGGAGGAUUCCUUUGCAUACAAAAUGAUAAAAAGAAUAAUUAUUCUAUAAGAGUCUCUUUAGUCUGUUUGCACAUUUGCCUCAUCUAUAGACUAAGCGAAAGCAUACUGAUGACUUAACAUCUUGCAACCCUUUGAUACAGUUCACUUAAUUUCAAAGGCAACACUAGCCAGGCUUUGUGCAUUAACUACCAUAUUUAUGACUGCAUAGCUUUGGAUAUGUUUCCUGCAUGAAUCUCUGUGUAGAUUUUAGUUCCAUUCUUGUCCCAACUUAGAACCAACUAAAUUCACUGCACUGUUGGUGCCAGUGGCUGGAAGGCUAUUAUACCGGAGCAGUGCCUGUCCCUAUACAAAUUAAAGAAUAAUCUAUAGAAUCAACAAACAUUAGUUCAUGUCUCAGCUCUCUGAACUUCUGUUCAUUUGCUUUGACCUUAGAAUCAUAUAAUGUGUUAGAGAUCAAGUGAUUCAGGCACCCUAAGUCCAAGAAAGCCAAAUGACUUGCCAAAGUUCACAUGACCGGUAGAUUCAAACUCAGCUGACAUAUUUUGGUAGGUUUUUGAUUUAAAACCUGAAUUUUUAUUUCUGGCUUGCUGUAACUGGUUGCUGUAGGAGUUGAGCUAUCUGCUUUCCAGCCUCACUUUACCUGAGACUCCUAGUUCCUUAUCCUAUUAAUCAUUUCACUUUGAUGUCACUUAUCACUUGAUUUGACAAUCUUUUAUGAAAGGACUAUCCUAUUAUCCUUUAGUUCAAAAUAUUUACUGAUUAUUUAGAGUUUGAGAAAGCCCUCUGGUGGAAUUCUGUCAACCUGGAGUUGACAGAGCCAAGCAAAACAUUUUAGAGUUGUGUAUGAACACAUACACAAACACACACACACACACAGCCACGUAUGUGUAAAUAAGGAAUCUCAUGCAAUUUAUAUGGGCUGACAAGUUUACAUUUAUAGGGCAGAUCAGCAGGACUUUUUAUUUUUUAAUUGCCGUGUUAAAGUAGAAUUCGUUCUCUGGGAAACAUCAGUUUUUGUUCUCAAUUCCUUUGACCGAAUAACCUCACCUGCACUAGAGGGUAACUACCUAAAGUCAAUUGCUGACUCUUGGUAAGCACAUAAACAAAACAUGAUGAGUUUAUGUUGACACAUAAAGCUGACCAUCACAAGGGCUAAUAUGGAGACACAGAUGAGGGGCAGUUAGCUUGGAAUUUCCAAUAACACAUUUAAUGUUUUUGAUAAAUUUGUUAGCUGCCUUUAUCCUUAGUAACUUUGACCAUAGAGGUACAAAAUAACGUGGAUGCUUUUGAAAGGGAAAAAAAAAAUUGAGUAGCAUUUUAUAAUGUCCAUAGCUCAGCUUUAUUGAGGCAAGAAAUUCUAUGUGUGCCAAGGGGUUAGCACAAUUCACAGUAUAAAGAACUUUUUUUCUGCACAUGAUACCUCCCAAGAGCAACAAAACCUAUCAGAUCACUUUGACCUGGCUCUCUCAGCCUCCUCAAUCACAUCUCACAGGCAGGAAAACACCUCAGCUCAAACCUUAAUUCUCUUUUCAACACUAACAUUUUUUAGUAGAGUAAUUUUUUAAAUGUCUUUUGAAAAUUGUCAUAAGACAAUUUUACUAGUCCAUAGGGUUUCAGGAAUAGCUUAUAUUGUGGAAACUUCAUUCAAGGAAAGAACUUAGGAAAUGUUAUAUCAUAGAUAUUUAAAUUCAUUUAGAUCUGUGUCAGUGAUUGCUGGGACAGUCCACGUAUGUUCUGUAAGAACAUAACCCAUUGCAUGUUAGAAAUACUUUUUAUGCCUGUGUUAAGCAAAGCCAGAGAUUAACAGCCUCUGGUUUAUCCUCAGCUCCAAAUAAAAAUACCAACAAAGACUUCCCAACAAUAUUGGGAAUUAGAGACAAGAAGUCACCCUGUGCCAAAUCCAUGGGAAUUUUUACUAAUUCAGUGCCAGUCAUUUGAUUCAUUGACCCAAAUUAGUUGCAAAAUAGGUAGGAAAAAGCCUCAACUCGGUUACUGCCAUUAAGUCAGGACACACAAGCUACGUUACCUGGAAAAGCAGGCCCUGAGUUGAUGAGAAAUCCUCUGAGCUAGCAAGGUAUUGUGCACACUCCUCAGCGUUCCUGUUUUUCACUGUCAUCUUCAUUUUAGAGACUAUGGAUUUUAAUUUUUGGCACAGCUGUAGAUCAGGAGAGAGGGGGCUUUGCAUCCUUGGGUAUACAGUCACUGCAGAGAAAGCCUCACAAAUGGAUAGAGAGAGGGAUCCCUGGAUUGCAGCAUGUGCUGGAGAAUGUACAGCACUGUGCAAAGAGUAGUUGUCUGAUUUAGAGAAAGCCUAUGAUAAAUUUAGGAACCUGAAAAAAGGGUUCUAAACUUCCUUGUGGAAAAGAGGACAAAUAUCCAAGACAUUUCAGGAAUAAAAUGUGUUACAAUGAGUCCCAGUACAUAUGAAAUUUUUUCCCAAAUUAGAGUUAAUAGAGUUUAAUUAGUCCACAAGUAACUAGAUUGGUAGAACAAAAUAAGUGUCUAGAAAAGUUUCUCACUAUUGUGGGUAAUUAAAAAUGGUUUUACUGUUGGGGAAAAUAUUAUUCAGUAAGUGAACUGGCUACCCACUUGGGAAAAAAAGGAAAACUGGAAUCUGACUUCACAUAAAAUCUCAAAAACUUGUAGAUGGUUCAAAAAUUUAAAUAUAAAAAAAAUUAAAGUCAUGGUUGAAAUUCUUACAGUCUUGAGAGGUGAAAAGCUGUUACCAUUAUUCAAAAGGUCAAACUAGUCAUGAAUCACUUAAUGUUUUGGUCAAUGACAGACAGCGUCCUUGAGGGAUCCUAACAGGCUCUAACUGCAGCCUAGGUGUGUAGUGCCUGUUCCAGCUGGGUUUGUGUAAUUACAGUCUAAGAUGUCUGAACAAGGAUGAAAUAUCCUAACAUGCAUUUAUCAGAAUAAUAUCCCUGUUGUUAAGUGAUGUGCGACUAUGUAAAAUAAAGAGCCAAGUAGAAAAAGACAU